AUGGCUUCUACUUGUUCAACUACUCUUCCCGUGUUCUUCAUCACAUUUAUGUCCAGAGUUUGCUUCAUCAUUUGCCCCUCCGUCAUAGAAGACCUUAACAAUUUGAAACCACCUCCAGAUUUCAACACAACAAUCACAAACAACUGCAUCAUCAAUCCCUCACUCAGAUACUGCAACUCCACAGAGCCUUUUGAUCUCCUCGAAAUCUUCCAGUCCACCAUUGUUGCGAGCCAUUUGUGCAACGUUUCCGGGAAUCCCAACUGCGUCGAAUCCUUCCCGAAAAUCGACCUUCAUAACAAGCCACACAUAGCGCCUCUGUAUCUGUCUUUUGAUUUCUUCUGGAAGUAUUGCCCUCUGACAAUCAUGUCAAUUGACGUAUCCAACAAUUCUUUGAAAGGGAAGUUCCCAUCUCAAGUUUUCUACUGUUCACAAAUCCAUGAUCUUGACUUGAGCAACAACUCCUUCUCCGGAGAUGUUCCCAUUGACAACUUUUCUUCCCUCCCAAACCUCACAUUUCUCAAUCUAUCAUACAACAUGUUCUGGGAAAUCGGAAACGCGAAAUCUCAUGACUUCUUCUUCAAACGAUUCAAUUCAUCCAGUUUCAUUCAUUCAGGGAUUUUGGUUGAUGAGAGAAAACUGAUUAGGCUCAAGCUUGUGAUCUUACUGGUUGUCCUGCCUACCUUUCUUCUUGCUAUCAUCUCUUGUUCCUGUUGGUUGGUAUCUUCAUCCAGGCCAGAUUAUCUGCCAUGUUGCUUUUACAGGAGAAAUAGAUUCACACAACAAAUGCUCAAGGCAGCAACAAAUGGAUUUUCAAGGAAGAAUUUGGUGGGGCAGAGCAAUUCCCUGGACGUGUAUUACGGAAAACUGAGAGAUGGCAGUGAAGUCAGAAUCGAAUUGUACAAAGACAUCCUCGAAAGCUGCGAAGAUCGUCAAACGUUUGAUGCGAAAUGCAAGGUUCUGACUCAGCUAAACCACAAGAACUUGAUCGAAGUAAUGGGUUGGUGUGAUGAUGAAAAGCGAAAUUUCAGAGCCAUUGUUAGUGAAUGGAUAGAUGGUGAGAAUAACAACAAUGUGGAAUCUUGGCUGGUGAAUUCUGCCCCUUCAUUGGAGCAGAGAAUGAAAGUAAUCGUUGGGAUCUUUAAAGGGAUUCGUUAUGUCCAUGAAGAAUGUCCUCAGGUUGAGUGUAAUCUCAAAACCAAUAAGAUAUUGUUGAAUAAGAACAGAGAACCAUUGAUCUCAAGGUUCAAAGUUAGUGAUGAUGAAGAUGAAGGCAGCAUAACAAAGAAAGUGAUUUACAAGUUCGGGGUGUUUUUACUGGAGAUGGUAUCAAACCGGAGGCCUAAUUUGCAGGAAUUUGAGAGCGGUGAAAUCGGGUUUCUUCGGUAUAUAAAGGUGCAUUAUCCUCAAGAUUUGCACGUCUUGAUCGAUGAAAGGAUGAAGAAAACGGAGGUGGUUACAAAACAGGCCAAGGAGUUGAUUAAACUUGGAUUGUUGUGUAGUGAUUUAUCAGGUGUUCGUGCGCAACCAGGUUGGGAUCAGAUUUCCCAUGUUUUGUCCAAGAAUUCUUCUUCCUUGGUUUUUGAAUCAUCAACUCAACAAAGACGAAAUCAUUGUCCUGAGGAUCAAAGGGGUAAAGGGAAGCAAGUUCAGAAAGAUGGCAGUGAUGAUGAUGAUGAGGAUGAUCUGGAAAUGAAUUCGCAUCCGCCAUUUAGAAGCGUGACUUUUCAUUAG